CAUGAAUCGAUUUAUCAACUAACAUUAUAAAAACAUCUCAUAAACAUUUUUUACCGAAGGUAAUAUUUUUUUUGUCUAUCUAUUACAACAGAAGACCGAUUGAAAUAUUUAGUGCUCGAGCAAAUCCUGUGUUGUAAAACCUCAUGAUUUGGAAACCCCAAAUUUUAAUUCUCUUUCCCCUUGCUUCCAAUGACUAUUAUAUUUCCACUAGUCAGUAGAAUCAGGAAUUUUCUCUGAAGUCGCUGAGUCAGAGAAAAGAGGGCUUGUAAAAUACACUACCCCAUCACAUUUCGUCAUCGAUACCGACACUCUGGUGAGACGGGGUGACCACGUAUUCAUAUCCGAGGUAUUGACCAUUGAAGUUAUCAUGAACUACUACUUCUCACAAGUAGGUCGAUGUGAUUUCUACUGGUCGAAAGAAAGUUUCUUGGUCACAAUCUACGCCCUGAUUGCACAAAAAGACAGUCCCAUCAUCACGGCAUUUAACGCCAGAAUGAGGCAAAUAUUGGAUUAUGGACUUCUUGAUCAAUGGUAUUAUACCAUUCUAAGGAACUCGACAGCUUGUACACACGCCCCUGACAAGAUUACUAUCUCCACGUCCAUCUCUCUCAAUAACAUCUGGGGAAUGUUUGUGAUUCUUGUCGGAGGAGAAGCUCUUGGUCUCUUUGUCUUGUUUUGUGAGAUCCUCAACUCCAAGUUUCACUAGCUAUUGAUCUUUUAGGGAUAACCUUACAAAUGAUAAACCAUGUAUGAACACCACCUAGCAUCUUGUUUUAUGUUUUUCUGUUUUAUAUAAAUUGAUCUUUACCUUAAGCCGAGUAAACAAUGUGUAUUUUCUCGAAACAAAGCUAAUAAAGUACUUGGGUUCA